GGCCGGUGCGUUACGUUCGACGAGGCCGACUGCACACCGACACCGCCCGCCGUAAUCGUUUCUUCUUCCAUGGUCGGAGCUACACGCCAACACGGGAAUCAAAGAACUCCACGCCACCGCCCCACCACCAAAUCAUGACAAUUUCGUAUUAUCGUCGUUGUCGUUGUCGUCGUCGUCUCUGUCCGCGCCGUUGUCGUCGUUGAUGUUGAACGUCUAAGUACAACGUCACAGUCGUGUCCGCGCCGGCGGACGCGCGACCGCCCGCCCGUCAAAGUACGGCCGAGUAAAAAUGGCCCAAGCCCGAACGCGUUAAUCGUCGCCGGGCCCAACGAGACGAGUGUGGCGCGUCGAACACCGCUGGUGUGUGCGUGUGUUUGCAUAGCAUGACAUAUAUCAACAACGCAAUCAUGUUGAUAGAAGAAGAAGUCGCCGGCAACAUGUCGAACAAACACAACUGCAAAGUUCAAGAUAAAAUUAUAUGGAAAUCGUUGCGGACACACAUUUUGUCUCGCCGCGAGAAGAACAAACAAGCUGAAGUUGAUGCUGAGGUGCUAAGAAAAAAAAAAUGUGUGGAAUAUCAAAAAAUGCAAGAAAACAAAUUGUCAUUAGCACAGAUCAAUGGCCGUUUAACUCAACUACGAGAUAAACGUGAUGAACUUGAAGAAGAAAAACGUGCACUCUUGAAUCAGUCACAAGCUACUGAUGAUAGUAUGGCAACUGCUUUAGUAGUGCCUAAAUCUGAAUCUAAUUGUGAACCUAUCAACAAUAAGACUGUAGUGACUAACAAUAUCAAUAAUGCUGUUGUUACAAAUCAUCGGCCAACCCCUUUACUUCAACAACAACAACAACAUAUAUAUAGACAACAAACUACAGUAGUAAAUUCACAGUCUGGUGCAGGAUCUCCUGCUGCAGGUAGCGGAUUAAGUCCAUUGGCACAACAGUCUUUGAUGAUGCACAAUUCCAGUACCAGUAACACUGGAGGUAGUAACCAAACAUUAUUGGUUUGUUCGCCAGCCACAAUAAAUGCUGCAAACAAUCAGAACAAUAAUGUGACUCGUUCUACUAUGCCAUUACCAGCUUCUUUAUCUAGCACAAUGAGUUUUACAAAAUUUCCGCCGCUGUAUAGCAGUAGUACCACUCAUUUAUUAGCGCCGAACGUUGGAACCAGUAACAAAAUGGGUAGAACGCCAUCGCCACAACCCCAAACUAUGCAGCAGCAAAACUAUCAACAGCCACAAAUUGUUGUACCUUUCCCUCCAUAUAAGUCAAUGAAUAAUAGUGGUAGCACUACAAAUAAUUUAAAUUCUACUGCUCCAGCUUCUGUAGUAAAUAGCAUAAAUCAAUCGUUAGCUUCUGGAACCAAUAGCAAUUAUCCUAUUGAAAACUCAAAUAGACGUGGGAACAGAGAAGACACUACACAGUCAUUUAAUAGAAAUGUUUGGAUAAACAACAGCAACAAUACUAACAAAAACACACAACCAAAUGUCAGUAAUUAUGGAUCAUUCUACCAACCUAAUUCUACUACUGCAGUUAAUUAUUGUGUCAAUAAUGGCAUGUUGUCUUCAGCUCCAUCAUUAUCUUCAGUAAAUACAGUAUAUAGUUAUUCUGGGCCACCACCGCCACCGCCUCCACCACCACCACGAACAGAAUCGUCUAAUAGUGGCAAUUUAAUUGUGAGUACAGCUGGUGAUCAUGGAGCUCAGCAAAUACCAAAGCCUCUUUCUUCUCAUCAACACCAUCAACCUCAUCACCAUGCACACUCCCAUCCACCUAUGUACAUGAGCCCAGGCAUUCGAAACCAAACUAGUAAUCACACAUAUCACCCAAAACCACCUCAUAGUGUCUACCCAGACGAUAAAUUGGGACCUCCUCCGCAAUCUAAUUUUUAUCAACAACAAGGCAGUAGAAAUAUUCAUUUGUCAAAUACCACGACUGUCACGUCACAACCACAUCAGAUGCAAAAUCAAAAACCGCACAAUAUUGGUUAUCCUAUGCGACAUCCAACAGCUGCAUCUCCAGCUUCCCAACUAUCUCCAGCAAUCAUUCAGUCGUCUCAACACGCCUCAUAUACUGUUCCGACAAGUUCAGUCACAGGGUAUUCAAAUAAACCGCCUGCCACUGCUGCUUCAACUGCCGACAUUCCUAGAUAUCAACAACCAUCACAAACACCAAUGUCUAGACAUGAAUAAUAUUUGUAUCAAAAUUAAAUCUUGAUAGUUGACGAGAAGUACCUAUAUUAAAUGAAAUUUAGUGUACAUUAAUGUAUUGCUUAGUUUUAAUACUUUUUUAAACACUAUGUAUGAAUAAUACUGCGGUGUUAUACAAUAUUAUUACAAUUAUAUAUAUAUUUUUUUGUACUUUGUAAAUUUAAUGACACAUACUUUUUUAAGUUGUUUUAUAUACGCGAGGGUAUUCAAUUAUAAUAUUGACAUUUGUAUGUAUAAAAAUGAUUUUUAAUUAUAACUCUUGAUAUAGUUUAAAUAUUUCAAUUGUAAAACUGAUUAAAUUAUUUAAUAAACUCAUUGUUUAAUUUGGUUA